CCCCCACUUCAGGACCGGGGACUGUGGCUGGAGACUCUAUCAGCUAUGUGCCUCCUCCGGGAGGCCUUGAGCCCCACUGUUUUCUGCCUGCUCUCUGGAUCGGGGGCGUGACGAAUUGAAAGUCUGGGAGCCAACGAAGAAGUGGGAGGCUGACCUUAGGCAGGAUCCAGGCUUGGGAACAUCCUACCCUACCCCCCAUUUCGGAAGUGCCGAGAACCUCCCCCCACCUCACCCCCCGGCUCUUGCGGAGUGACACCCCUCAGCAUGAUGCCCAGGGGGCUGUUGGCCGCCCUGCUGCUGCUGCUGCUGCUGCCCGCGCCUGCCCAGCCAGCUCCUCUGGACCGGCCUGAGCCCAAGAAGGAUGCGGUGCCGCCUUCUCCUCCAGAGACUCCGGACACAGGGCUCUACUACCACCGCUACCUCCAAGAGGUGAUCCAGGUCCUGGAGACCGACGGGCAUUUCCGAGAGAAGCUGCAGGCCGCCAACGCGGAGGACAUCAAGAGUGGGAAACUGAGUCGGGAACUCGACUUUGUCAGUCAUCACAUUCGCACCAAACUGGACGAGCUCAAGCGGCAGGAGGUGUCCCGCCUGCGGAUGCUGCUCAAGGCCAAGAUGGAUGCUGCCCAGGAGCCUGAGGUGCAGGUCGACCACUUGAGCCUUCUCAAGCAGUUUGAACACCUGGACCCUCAGAACCAGCACACGUUUGAAGCCCGAGACCUGGAGCUGCUGAUCCAGACGGCCACCCGGGACCUGGCGCAGUACGACGCGGCCCACCACGAGGAGUUCAAGCGCUACGAGAUGCUGAAGGAGCACGAGCGGCGCCGUUACCUGGACUCCCUGGGGGAGGAGCAGAGGCUGGCGGAGGAGCGGAGGCUGGAGGAGCAGAAGCAGAGACACCGGCAGCAUCCUCGGCUCAACGUGCCGGGCAGCCAGGCCCAGCUGAAGGAGGUGUGGGAAGAGACGGACGGGCUGGAUCCCACCGAGUUCAAUCCUAAGACCUUCUUCAGGCUACACGACACGAACAGCGACGGCGUCCUGGACGAGCAGGAGCUGGAGGCUCUCUUUACCAAGGAGCUGGAGAAGGUGUACGACCCCAAGAACGAGGACGAUGACAUGAGGGAGAUGGAGGAGGAAAGGCUGAGGAUGCGGGAGCACGUCAUGAAGACGGUGGACACAAACCAGGACCGCCUGGUGACCCUCGAGGAGUUCCUCCUGGCCACGCAGAGGAAGGAGUUCGAAGAGGCCGCCCCGAAGGGCUGGGAGACUCUGGAGGAGCACCCGGCUUACACGGAGGAGGAACUGCGCCGCUUUGAGGCGGAACUGGCGGCGCGGGAGGCCGAGCUGGCGGCCCAGGCCCAGCGGCUGAGCCAGGAGAGCAAGGCCCUGGACCACUCGCAGGGCCUGCUGGAAGCCCAGAAGAAGGAGCUGCAGCAGGCCGUCCUUCACAUGGAGCAGAGGAAGCAGCAGCAGCCCCCGGACCCCCCAGCUCCGGGCCCCGACGGACAGCUCCUUUUCCAGCCCCACCCAGAGACGGGAGCCCAGGCAGAGCCAGCUGUGAAGAAAGAGGCGCCAGCCCCGGGCCCGGCUUCCCCUGUGCCCGAUUCCCAGCACUAGGGAUCCCCAAGAUCACCCAAUAAAGACUUUCUGGGCCCCCUGA